GAACAGCAAAAUAAUUAGCGGUGAAAAUAUGCGUGUGCGUGAUUUAGGGGCCACCGGGCCCCACUCACUGAAAGAGGCAGUCUGUGUCUUUUAUGUGAAGUGGGACUGACUGUGUAACUUGAGUCGGGAUGAAAACUGUGCUCCGGAUCCGGCUGCACGUCCAGAUGCAGCUCGCUGAACAGAGACGGAAGGUGCAGGAUGGAUCACGUCCCGCUGCUGCUCAUCCUGCUCGCAUCGUGGCCCCUGUCCUCGGCGGUCUACGACGGGCCCCUCCAGCCGGAGAUCUCCAACGGCACCUUCCAUCACUUCUUCGUCCCGGACGGGGAUUAUGAGGAGACGGUCGACCCGGAGCACUGCCAGAUGUUGUUCAAGUUCUCCGACGUGGUUCCGUGCGCGGCCGCGGAGGAGAGCGACGCCGCGGUGCGCGACGACUUCAUCAUCACCAAGCUGCAGGCGGAGGACGCGGCGCGGCUGCUGGAGGGCAUCGGCCGCGCCGUGGCGCACGACCUGGACAGAGAGGACAGCUACGGGAAGUUCCUUCUGAAGGAAAUCUCCCAGAUCGGCGAGGCCUUCUCCAGCGUGGACAAGUCUCUGGUGGAGCUGGAGGUGAAGUUUAAGCAAAGUCAAGAGACUGAGCUGAGGGAGGAAGAGCAGCUGAACGGCUACGUGGUGAAGCAAGUGAGCGACAUCAGAGGGGCACUGAGGGAAACCACCGACAUUUCUCAGGGACUCAGAGACAGACAUGAGCUGCUGUCGCUCAUCAUCCGCAGCCAUGGCACCAGACUGAGCCGCCUGAAGACUGAGUUCCUCAAUGUGGGCUCAUGAAUGUGCUUCUGAGACAGCAGUGAACCAUGAAGACCUGAGGCACCCUAUAGUUGUUGACAGAGGAACAAUUUUUUGUUGUUCUGGACUUUGUGAAGUUGUUGGUCUUGUCAGCCCUAUAAGUACUUCACUGCUACAUUU